CUAGCAAAAAGAACCAUUUUAUUUAAAGCAGCAGAAACAACAAGUUUUUUUUAAGAAUCCAGCACAAAACAGAGAAAACCAGUCACGACAACAAAACCGCCGAACGCCAAACAGAAUGAGUGGAAAAGUUUUAUUCGCCUGCUCCAAGUGUUUCUCGCGCCAUCCGUACGAGGAGCUCUCCUCCGGCCAGCAACUAUGCAAGGGCUGCCGCGGUUCUACCUCAGUUGGUAAAUGUACUUACUGCCGAUCGGAGUUUCAACCCGCCACCAGCAAAUCACAGAGUGCCUGCAAGAAGUGCGAACAUUAUCUGGGGAAGUACGGCAAACCCAGUGCCUGCGAGUGCUGCAAGAUUGUGGCCGCCUUCGGAGGAUCCAAGUGCAUGCGAUGCGCCAGCUACGAGGCAAAGUACGGACCGCCGGUGCAGUGCGAUGAAUGCAAGCUGCGAUCAGCCUUUGACAGGCGCGACGAGAACAAAAAGGUCAAUGGCAAACUGCUUUGCUGGCUGUGUGCCUGCGCCUACAAGCGAGCGCUACUCAAGGCCCAGCAGGAGGGCCGUAUACCGAUGUCCAAGAAGAGGCCACACGAGAAGACCUCGUCUUCGCACAGAGACAGCGCUGCGGCCAAGAAGCCAUCGCGCAACGAGCUGGGCAAGAGCGGCAGCGGUGCCAAUAAUACCGUGAAUGCCGUGAGCGGAGCUGGAUUGGAUCUGCCUGACAAGAUCUCACGCGGAAAUGGUGGUAAUGGGACCAUUGCAGCGCCUGCUGCCAUCACCGUGGACACCAAUUCGUCGGAUCAUGUGGUUGCCAUUACAUACCUAAAGGAACGCAUCGCCAGCCUGGAGAAGCGCCUGAAUCAAAAAGACAAAGAGCUGCUCGAAAAAGACAAACAGCUGACCGAACUGAAGGGCAAGAACUUCGAGAAGGAGAACGACAUGCGCAACCGGCUGAAGGAAGUGGAGCGUCUGCACGACAUGAAGGUGGACAACUUGAACCGCAAGAUCGCCAGUGUCCUCAAGGAGCUGGCCGUGCUUAAGAAGAGCAGCAACAAAAAGGCCGCUGCCAUCAGCAAAGCCGAAAAGGAGAUCAUCAAACGUGAGAACUUAUCGCCCAAGGAGGAAAUUCUGGCGAUAGCGGGGCCGGAAAAACCGACCAAGGCCUCGUCGGAGCUCGCCGAUCUUGACAAGGACGAGAAGAGUCGCGAUCGAGACGAGGAACGCAGCGAGCAGGGGGAUAGGGCCAGUGUGCGGUCACGAUCCGCCUCCAGCAGCCCCACGCCCUCGUCCAACUGAGAGACGUUGACUUCCAGCUGCAGGAGCGGCAUGCCAGGAACCACAAUCCAUAAACUCUGGCUGCCGCGCCCUUUUAGUUUUUCGCUAUAUAAAUUUAUAUUUUUGUACUUCUGCUUUAAUUGUAAUAUAGUUUUACAAGUUUGUUUCAUAUCACUCUUUUUGUGUCGCUCAUCCCUGCCUUCCUUCCAAAUGUAACCCAAUCAUCAGUUAGAAAAUGUAAUUCGAUAGGCUCAACUUAACGAAUUCUUCUUUAGUUUAAUUCACGAUGGAACAACACAAAACCGAAGCAUUGUUUACAUCUUAAGAAAUAUACAAAGUUGGGAAAGAACCAAA